CUCCGCGAACGUUGUGUUGAUCAGACGUUACGUUAGUGUCGUUCCUCCCGCUGGCUAGACGGUGUUCUCCUGAACUUUUCUUAUGCACCAAUGUGUGUAUAGACUUGUUCCCCCGUCUCGCUCUGUGUCGCGCGUGGUUAUGCAGUGUUCCCUUUGUCGCUCUUUUUCUUACGCCAGUGACGAUAUUGUAGCCAUUAAUAAUUCGGUGCGGAAGGAAGGAAAAAAGUGUUUGUAGUGUGAAAAGGUGUGUUUUUGAGAAGACACAAUUUUGCGUUGUGUUGGUUUUCACGGCAGCAUAUCGUUUUCGAAUCUUACUGAAAAGUCGAGCAGAAGAGUUGAAAAAAAAAAUCUAUAUACCAUAGCAAACAAAACCCAACACACAAUGGGUGGAAAAUGAGCAUGAUACGUUUCGUCAAUGGUUCCGAGGUGUUAAUGUAAAUAAAAACAACAGACGGCUCGUCAGCAGGAGUCAGAGGAAAGUGGUUUUACAGUUGGCUUUUGUGUUGCUAUUGGAAUCCUAUAGGUAAAGAUAGUGGAAGUUAGGGAGAGAGAGAAGGGAAAAAGUGGAAUUUGCGUAAAUUACUGUGCUUUUGUGCUUGUGUUUACGGUUAGCGUGUCACGCUAGCAACGACAACCGAACGGGGAAAAAACAGUGACACCGAAGCAGAAUCGGCGAAUCGGAGAAAAAACAGAAAGGUGUACAACGGAGAGCAAGAGCGGAGAGGAGAAAUUAUCGUGAGACCACAGAAAGAGCGUUAGCGGAAUAUUGAAUAAGUUCGUCCGCUUGGCAGUCCGCUGUUCUACCGUCAGCAGAAUAGAAGUUUCGUGCACCAUAGCGUGCAACAUCGGAAGCAUUCGAUAGAGAAGCCAUCAUGCCGGGUGAAUCGAAAUCGACUGCCGCUGCGGCCGACCCGGCGCCAGCAACCAACAACACACCGAAGAAGAAGCCAGCCACGUCCGGCAAGGCGGCACUAGCCAAAGUCACAGUCCUCGACGGCUCAACGCUUGAGGUGACGAUUGAUCGUAAAGCUCGCGGACGAGAUCUCCUCAAUUCGGUAUGCGCCGGACUGAACAUCCUCGAGAAGGACUACUUUGGUCUCACCUACGUAACGGCCGCAGAUCCACGCGUAUGGCUGGAUCUCGAGCGCCCUGUGGUCAAGUUUUUCCGCUCCGACCCAUGGGAGCUGAAUUUCGAGGUCAAAUUCUACCCUCCGGAACCGGCACAGCUGCAGGAGGACAUCACCAGGUACCAUCUGUGUCUGCAGGUGCGAAAUGACAUCCUGGAAGGCCGACUGCCGUGUUCGUUUGUAACCCACGCCCUGCUCGGCUCGUAUUUGGUGCAGUCCGAGUUGGGCGAUUACGAUCCGGACGAGAUGAAGGAUCGGGCGUACUUGAAGGAGUUCAAAAUUGCCCCCAACCAGACGCCCGAUCUGCUGGAUAAGGUGAUGGAUCUACACAAAACGCACAAAAGCCAAACGCCGGCGGAAGCGGAACUACAUUACCUGGAAAAUGCCAAAAAGUUGGCAAUGUACGGUGUCGACUUGCACCCUGCCAAGGACUCCGAGGGAGUGGACAUCAUGUUGGGAGUGUGCGCUUCAGGAUUGCUGGUAUACAGAGAUAAACUCCGAAUCAAUCGCUUCGCGUGGCCCAAGAUAUUGAAGAUCUCGUACAAGCGCAACAACUUCUACAUCAAGAUUCGACCGGGUGAAUUCGAGCAGUACGAAUCAACGAUCGGUUUCAAGCUUGAGAAUCAUCGUGCCGCCAAGAAACUCUGGAAGGCCUGCGUUGAGCACCACACCUUCUUCCGGCUGAUGACACCGGAACCGACCACCAAAUCGGGGAUCUUCCCCCGGUUGGGAAGCAAAUUCCGUUACUCUGGGCGAACACAUUACGAAACCAGAAAAACGCCAGUCGAUCGACCGGCACCAGAUUUCGCGAGAAGUCUCACCGGAAAGCGACUGUCCAGUAGAAGCAUGGAUGCACUUGGCCAUCAGGAGAAAGAGAAGGAGAAGGCUCUCCGAGAUCCCAACAAGGAUGCCAACAAACGACACACAAUGUCCCAUCCGCCGGAUCACAUCCCGGAUCUCGAAUCACCAACCCGUGGCUCCCGCAGUCCGAUCAAGAAGGACAAGAAGGAACGCCUGAAGCGGGAGUCUAGUACCGGAACUGCUUCAGCCUCGUCACAGAGCUCACUCGAGGGUGAUUACGAUAUCGCUGCGUCCUCGUCUAACAUUGCUCAGAGCCAGAAACCGAUUGGUGGAGUUGCCGUCCUCCCCGGAGCCGGCAAGAAGGAUAAGGAGAUUACUUCGCCGAAGGAGGAAGCUGUUAAUGGUAACAAUGGAAACCAGGAUGUUCUGAAUUCAUCCAACGAGGAAAAAACUUCUCCGACAGGAAAGCGAAAGGGUUUCCUGUUUUCUUCGGGUCGCAAAUCACCGAAGGAGAAGAAAUCUCCCGGUUCCACGACACCCGUGGCCACCACCAAUGGAGACGGUGGCAGGAAAGAGCCAGUUUCCCCGACGAAGGAGCAAAUCCAAGCACAAGGUCAGAAAGACCAAAACAAACAAAAACCCGGGUUCACCAAGCCGUACGAGUACUCGGAGAACGAGCAGGAUACCAGCCCACACAAGAAGAAUGUGAAAACACGUGGCUUCCGGUACGACGAAGAUCCCUCGCACACUGGCAAGAACAACGAGGAGGCCCAGUUGAGUCCAAACUCGCAGAGUCGUCGGGCAACCGGUUUGGCCUUCAAUUACGCUCCCGGAGAGGACGACAAGGUUCGCGAGUCGGUUGAGAAGCGGAAAGCUCCCGGUUCGCCACCGCUGGCCAGUGGAGAAGCGAAAGAUGAUAACCUCUCGCCGCAGGGGGGUGCCGGCAGAGGACUUGCAGGGGAGUCCGAUGCCGAGAAAGGUGUGAGGACCAGCGCACGGUCGUACUCGCCGAACAAGGGACGCGCCGGAAAGGACCCCACCGGUAAUGGAGCGGGUUCUUUCCGUCCGCUAGACGAUAGCCAAGACCCGAACAUGGCUUUCAUUCGCGGAGAGCAAGCGCAAGCUGCUGUUCCGCCGGUUGUGGGGGCUGCUUCUGAACCAGCAAAGAAAAAAGUGAAGAUUAUGGUGAUCAUUUCCAAGUUCGAUCCCAAAACCAAGAAGGUAGACACCGCUAGCGGAGUGGUGGAACACUCGUCCGGAGUGUUGGACACUAAAUCCGGUCAAAUCGAAAGCAAGUACGGGGUGAUCGAUCCGAAGGCUGGAACUGUUGUCAAUUUCAAUCCGCGAACUGGUCAGAAUGAAACGUUCCAGGGUCAAACAGAUCCGAAGACGGGUCAGAUUCAUAUUGUUGGUGGGGUCGUUGAUCCGAACACUGGAAAGUCGGACGACAGUUUGGGACAGGCUAUCGUAAUUGCUCCGGAUGAUGAUUCCGUCGUUGAAAUUACCGCGAUCACAGGCAAGGUCGACCCGAACACGGGCAAAAUUGAUACCACCAAUGGGGAUGUUGAGAAGACUCGAGGUAUUUUGAACAGUAAGACCGGUUUCAUUACCACGAAGUAUGGGGAGAUUAACCCUAAAACUGGCGAACUGAAAACGGUUGAUCCGAAGAGUGGAAAGGCUAGCUCCCGGCCGGUGGUUGUGGACAAAGAUAAUGGUCAGAUUACGAUUGUUGGGGUUAUUGAUCCAAAAACCAAUAAGGUGGAUAAUAGCUUGGGUCAUCUGAUUGCCAUUGGUAAUCAGGUAGAUCCUGUUGUUGAGGUCACCUCAGUGCUAGGUAAAUUGGACAAGAAAGGAAUUGUUGAUCCUAAAACGAUUACCUACGACAAGAGCACUGGCCAGUUGGACACCAAGGAUGGCAAAAUCAACACCAAAUACGGUCAGUUUGAUCUUGUGAAGCAAACGGUUACGUUCGUUGAUCCGAAGACCGGUAAGACGGAGACUAAGGAGGUGAAGAUUGAUCCGGUUACGGGUCAGGUGCUACUGAAGAAUCAGGUUAAUCCGAAGACCGGUAAAGCGGAUAAGGACUAUGGAAGAAUUGUUUCCAUUCGAAUUGUCCACAGUCGCGUUGACCCUGCUAGUGGAAAGCAAGUUUCCACGGUCGAAGAUAAGGACAUCAAGGUCGAUCCGAAGACCAAUCAGGUAUGGAUUCCAGAGGGUAAAGAUCCAAGGACCGGUGAGAUUAUCUACACCUCUAGCCAGGUGGAUCCGAAGACGGGUUACGUGAUCAUCAUUUACGGGUAUUUGAACCCCAAAACGAAUGAGAUCGAGAAGCAGACUAAACUGGAUCCAAACCUUACUAAGGUUGACCCAACAACAGGACAAAUUUACUCUGCUACUGGUCAGGUGGAUGAGGCUACCGGUGAACCACUGUUUGCUGCCUCACAGAUCAACGACGAGAGCGGCGAAUCUAUACAAAUCUAUACCAAGGUUGGCAAGAUCGAUCCCAAGACCGGUAAGUUGGUGAUCAUUAAAAUCUUCAUCCUCACCAAGAAGGAUGAACGUGGAAAGCCGGAAGAGGUUGACGUGGCCGGGGUGGACUUCGAUCCCGCAACCGGAAGGAUUAACAAUAUUGCUACGAAAACCGUUUACGUGUACAAGAUGCGUGAUCCGAUCACCGGGGAAACCUACCAGGUCGACCCUAACGACCCGAGCAUUGCCGGAGCUCGUACCACCGUAACGCAAACGAUGACCCUGAGUGGCGAAAUUGAUCCCCUCACCGGUCGCAUCAAGUCCGAGUGGGGUCACAUCGAUCCGAACACCGGCGAUAUCGAUCCAGCCACAGCGAUUCGAGACCCGGUCACCGGCAAACUGAUUCUGAACUACGCGGACAUUGAACCGAGCCAUUUUGGUAAGAACGUGACCGUCACCAAAGAAACGGUUCCCAUUACGAGGGAACAGUUUUACGAAGGCAUUAAACAUCUCGGAAAAAAGGCAGUCCGACGGGAUUCGGAAAGUUCGGACGAUGAUAUGGAUCAGUACGCGAGCGAGAACGUUAAAGAGAUGAACUCGGGAACGCCACGCAACGCCGUGGGCGGAAAGUACGGAGCACCGACGGUAGUGAAAACGACAACGAAACAGGUUAUCACGAAGAACGAAGAUGGCGUUACGCACAAUGUCGAGGAGGAGGUGCAAAACCUUGGAACGGGACAGAUCGUUUACUCGACGCAGGAGCACAAGGCUGAUGCCCCGAGUGAUAUUCAGGGUAAAUUCCUGACGGCCACGGCCGUCACGACACGUACCGCGACUACCCACGAAGAUCUGGGUACGAACGCCAAGACCCAGCAGCUGGAGGAGAAAACCGUCGCGACCACAACGACCCAACACGGUGAACGGCAGGAGCAGCGAGUGAUCACGCAGGAAGUGAAAACCACGGCCACGGUAACCAGUGGCGAACAGUAUGGCCGCCGUGAUAGCAUUUCAUCGACGAGUUCCGGCGACUCCGGAACCCCAAUCGAUGGUCCUUACGGCGAGGACGAUGGCUCGACAACGAUUUACAACAACAGCUAUACGGGCGUUGCCAACGUUGCUGACGCUUCUCGGAUUCCCAGCGGACCGAAUGUAGAACACCACCGGGUACUGUUGGAUGACAACCAGGAGGGCGUGUCGGCCCAGGGUGAGAUCGUGUCCUCCCAGACCGUAAGCAGUAAAACAAGAACCGUGGAGACCAUCACUUACAAAACCGAACGAGACGGAGUAGUGGAAACGCGGGUAGAACAGAAGAUCACCAUCCAAUCGGAUGGUGAUCCGAUCGAUCACGACAAGGCACUGGCGGAAGCGAUUCAGGAAGCAACCGCCAUGAAUCCCGAUAUGACAGUGGAGAAAAUCGAGAUCCAACAGCAGACCCAAUAAAAGUGAACAAACGACAAGUGAGAGAGAAUACCCAACAACAACCAACUAAACAAUGGUUUCCACAUUAGUACACAACCAUAAACGCAACGCGGUUACGUUGCGCGUGGGUAGAAACAAUCGUCAUCAUCACACAAUCGGAAAAAGGAACCAACGUUUCCAUUAUUCUGUACGGAACGACAUUCUUUCUUCAAAUGUGGGAAGAAUUCAAUAGAAUGUUGUAAGAGUAAAUAUUGCAAAAAAAAUUAAACGGACAGUUGAUAGUUUAAGCAUUUUUUAAUUUUAAAAACGUAAAAAACAAACAUACAUACACAAAGGACAAAUAUUAGAAGCAAGAAAAGAAACAAUCAAAUCGCUUGAUGUCUGAAUUUUGCGGAUUCGUCAAGAACCACUGAUUAUUGCGAAGUUGUUGAAAAAUAUUUAACAAUAUUUACACAAGAAAAAAAAACGAGAAGAAACAAAGCUUAUAUUGAUUGAUGGAAUAUACUAUUUAGAAGAGAAGGCGAGCAAUUUGCUUUAAAUGUUUCAUGUUUGCAGGCCAAUUGGCUUAAUCAUAUAUAAGAAAGAAAACAAGUAAACAAAACUCUUUAACACUUUUUUUCUGAAACUAUAUCCUAGAGGACGCAAAAAGCAAAACUGAUGAGGAAACAGCAGAGAGGAAAGAAAGAAUCAUAUUGAUACCAACAAACCAAUGUAGCAAGCGUGUGCGAAGGCAUCCAUAGCCGAAAUAUACCGUUGUACAAAGGUAUAUUUUUCCCAAAUUUUUCUCAUUCUAUCGUACCUAAUUAUAAUCGGAAAUAUUUCACCAAAAUCGCAUUUUGCCUCAAAGUAUAAACUAGCAGAAAUUUAUAUCAGAACUAAUCGAAAAACCAUCGUGUUCAUUGAAUGGAUUGGAUUCACAAACAACGUAAGGUGUAGAAGAAAAAAAAACUCUGUGCAAUGAAAGAAGCAUCACACUAUAUCACAUCUGUCGGAUAAACACAAAAAAUAGUCAUCCUAUACAAAACAACAACCGCAUGCGAUAGAUCAAGGAAUAGGGCAAGCGAAAAAUGAUGCCUUAUUUAAAAUUGAAUGUCUCUCUCUUCUUUUCCCCGGUAAAACGUUGUCUAUUUAUAAUAUCUACUUUUCUGUGUAUUUCUAUUUAUUUUUAACUUUAAUUAACAUUCCGAUAAAAGAUGUAGGUCGCUCCGGAACGGAUCAAAAUACGUACUAAAACUCUGAAGAAGCAACUUGUAACUUAUUUUACUUUCUUUUCUUCCCUCACAAACAUUUUCUCGUUAUCAAUUUUGGUGGUGUCACGUAAAACCACCUCACACCCAACGUGUCUAACAUAAUUUUACGAAAUUAGUAUUUUCAUGAGUCAUAAGUGUAAAAAAUUGGUAACAUUUCUGAAAAAUGGAGACAUUGUGCGAGAAAACACACACACACAAUCAUAUAUUUUUGUAACCAGGCUUUUUGCGAGAUAGUAAAGUAAUAAUCCGCUUACGAACGAAAUAAGGAAAAUUGACCCGUUUUCUGUACUAGAUGUGUGCACUAUUUGAGUGUGACAUUGCUGUCACAACCAUGAACCGAUCGUUCGAAGUCGUCCGCGAUUUCGUUUUUACCUUAGUUUCUUUGUUUUUUUCCUUCACCACCAGAAAACAGUAAUAUAAUGACAAUUUUUUAAUCUAGUUGUAGAUUCCAUUUUUUGUUUCCCCCCUCAAAGCUACUUUUUUUUAAAUAACCAUUUUUUAUUAGUUUUGUUUUAAGAGAGAUUUAUUUAUCACGAAGUGAGAAAAUUUAUUGAAAAAGUAAAUUUAAUAUUAGUUUCUAAGAGCCAUUUAAAUGUUGUCAGCAUGAUCAGAUACGAGAAGCGAGAAAAGUUUUAGUACAGUAGCAGCAGCGCGCCAUGCCAAUUUAUAUAAUGGAAACAAGAGAACGAGGUGACGAGAUAAGUUGAGAAAACAAAAACGCAAAAUAUUACUGCAGAUGCGAUGCAAAAUUUGCGAGCUACGCAGCCGAGAGUGUUAAACUGCUAAAUACUACUCAUGCAGCAAAAGCAAGAAAUCUAAUCGUACGACAGGCGCAAGAAUGCAAAAGGCAAGGUAAAGUGAUUAAAUCCAGCUUAUGUGACAAAAAUGA